GGUGUUGUGAUUUCGGUCAGACUUCCUCGCCAGGCAAAGCGAACUGCUAGGAUAUUCCUAUCAACGCGCACUUCGGUCAACUGCAGAAUUUAAGAGCACCCAUAAGUCGUUAAGACAACGCUUUAUUACCUCAGAAGCAAAAUCUAUAUUUUGAUUUAGCCUAUCAAUCGUGCGGCAGGCUAUCCUUGCGGAAAUCAACAUGGGACAGGCACAGGUCAAGCAGCAGCCACCCAAGAAGCGAGUGUUAGUCGUCGGUGCAGGUGCCGCAGGCAUUGCAUGUGCAUGGAGCUUGUCGCGCUUUCCGGAGCGCUUCGAGGUGGAGGUGUGGGAGGCUCUUUCAGUGCCCGGGGGGGUGGCAUCGUCCCACACUGUCAAGGACGGACAGCACGUGAUCAACGACCAGGUCCAGGGGGGUGCUCCGUCGUACCGCCACAACUUGAGGUUGCUAGAGAUGUUCGGAUUUAAACCGACUCCCGUGAUGAUGCGGAUUGCGUUCGGGGUGGGAAGGCUUCAGUGGACCAACCACAGCCCUAGCGAGCUCACUGCCCUGCUACAGCCCGAGAUCGCCCGCUUCGGCCGCGUCCUCACCUGGAUCAAACGCCUGGAGCCGCUGUUUGUAUUCGUACCCAUCGACAGGGUUCUGCGGCUGCUUCGCUUCUCAGACGAGUUCCGUUACCAAAUGGUUUUUCCCCUGGUGGCGCUCUUCUUCGGAACCGGUAACCAAACACCCCACGUGGCGGCAGCGGUGAUCGCCCGGGUCUUCCUCGACCCAGACCUGCGCCUCUUCGACUAUUGCCCCCAGCGACUGCUCAACAGUGUUCCGGAGAUGUUUGCUUUCCCGGUGCUGGAGGAGGUGUGGACCACCAUCGCCCGCAAGUCUAACUUCAAGCUGUGCUGUGACAGACCACUCGCGAAGCUUGUACGGCAAUAUGCCCCGCCGUCAGGUGGCAGUGGCUCCGCCGCGAUCCUGGCCACGGAUGCAGCCGGCGUUAGCGCCGCAUUUGAUGAGGUCGUGUUUGCGUGUGAUGCGGAAACAGUGCUGCGAACGAUGGCGAACCCCACUUGGUUAGAGCGUCGCCUUUUGCGCAACGUGCGUUACUACACCGACUUUUGCCUGACGCACGAAGAUCAUGGCUACAUGGCCCGCAUGUACGACAUCAGGCCCGAGCAGCGCGACAACUACUUUGUACGAACCUACCCGGGUCGCGACCGAGACAAGAUCGAGAUGAGCUUCAAUCUGUCCACCUACCAGCCGCACCUCAAGGUGUCUAUGUGUGCUGCUGGCCUGGACAUUUACCAGACCUACUACCUUGACGCCAAGCUCCGACACCUUUGGAGCGACAGCCAGGUGGGGCCGUCCAAGGUUCUCGCCAGCCGGUGGAUGAGGCAAUUCGCCCACACCUGGACGCAUUUCGCGUUCUGGGUACCGUGGGUGCGGUUCAUCCAGGGCACGAAACACACGUGGUAUUGCGGGUCGUACACUAUGGUCAACACGCAGGAGAUUGCGGUCAUGUCCGGAUUGGCGGCGGCGCUGCGUCUAGGAGCGGACUACCCCUUCCCGGACGAUCCACUGGCCGUCAAGCAGUUUGACACGUACCUGGGUGUGGUGCAUGGAGUCCGGGGGGCGGGUAAGCCGACGACAACGAUGACGACGACGCGAGUGUCGGCGCCGGCUUUCAAAUAA